AUGCGUAAUCCCUGUCCCACGGACUCGUCGAUUAGCUUGGACCUCAGUAAAACACCUCUCACAACGCCUGAUCGGCAGCAGACCCACUCCAAUUCCACUUCUACUUUCUCCAACUACUGCCCUUCUCGGGUCCCUCCACUGGCCUCCCUCGUUUCCAGUGACAGAACAACGUCUAAGUCAGCGGAUCUGAAGGAGAACUGUGUGGAAGGAUACAUACCUAUGCACAAAGUUUCUCCAACUUCGACGAUACUAGACGAAGAAGUGUCUACAGAUGUGGGUAUGGCGCUGCUCAGUAAGCUCGGCGGUGGUUCCGUUAUCUCCGUGUGCUGGAUGACGUUGGGCAAAGUGGGCAAACUACGGUGUACCCGGAAGCAGCUGGCUCAUUGGAGCUUGAAAUGUGUGAAUGCAAUGCUUGUGCUGGUGAUCCAUGAGGACUGCGUGGGUUUCGUGACCAGUGCUGGGUUGCCGAGGUACACGGUCAAAAACCCGAAGAAACCUGCCGUCGGCGUCACAGGACCGUUUCAAAUGGCCGCUACAAGCCUCCCCAUAAGGGGAGAUAGCAUCCAGGGUGAACCACCGGAGCCCCCACGACGUUUCCUCAUGGACGUUUGGUAUGGCUCGAGCAUACCGGAUGCAGCGGAAAUUGAGCAAUAG